AUGUCCACCAAGACACACAAGACCUGGCAGGAGGAGCUCGCAGCCGAAUGCCGCAGACUGAGGCUGCCAGCUCCUCUGUUCAACAUUGUUUCCGACCGUCGCGGUGGGCGGACAGCAUGGUCUGCUACGGUCACCGUUCAGGGACAAAACCUCUCAGCUCGAUAUUGGUACGACGGGCAGUACCUGCACAAUGCAAAAGAAGAUGCUGCUGAGGUCGCCUGCAGCCGGCUUCGAAGUCCUUCCCUCACCGGAGCUGGCUCAAGCACUUACCGUCAACAAGGAAACUUCAACGGCAGUGUUUACAGACGCUGA